AUGACGGAUCACGUUUCUGCCGCUGCAACCCUCCGCGCCAACAAUGCAAGCCCUCUCCUUUCUUCAGGACUCUCCUGUCAUGUCGUAGCCGAACAAGUGCUUGGAUUCUUGGAACGUAAAGAUAUCCUCCAGUGCCUUGCUGUGGAAUGCCUCAAGAAUCAUUUCCACUUGGAAAAGUACUACUGUCAGGAACACGGCAGCAAACUAGAGUCACAGGUUGGACGUCGACAAAAUCACAUUGCACGAAAAGAAAAGCAACAAGGAAUUGCCGACGAUGUCAUCACCAAUGACACCAAAAAGUUCAAAGGAGAGUGCGAAGACUGUGUGGAGGAAGAGUUUGGUUUUGAGCGAUGUCCCGACUGUACGGAAUUUUCUCCGAAGGAAGAAGUGCACGGUGGUUUUGUGAACGAAACGACUGCACUCCGGUGGGUUUUUGCGAAUUCUGUGACCGAACUUUUUGUCUUGAGUGUCGCCCCACCCUUUGGUGUGAAAAAUGCUCCGCGGAUUUGGGAUGCUUUGAUUGUGCCAUGGAGGACUCUUUUUUCUGCGGCCAGUGUAAUUACGCAUUUUGCUCUGACUGCCAGGACUCCUUCUUUUGCAGCCGCUGUGAAGAAUUCUUUUGUCGCCAAUGCAAGAAGUCUUACUAUUGUUCUGGGUGUGACGAGCGUCACUGCUUAG